AUGGCUCUUGGACGCAGCCUUGUCAUCAUACUCGCCUGUGCAACCCUCAGCGAGCAUCUGGACAACAGAGAAUUUGCUCUGGCGUCGGGAAUCGCCAAAACGGGCGCCGCACUGGGCUACACUGGCAUACCGCCACUGGUGCAACUGUGCCUGGAUACAUACGGAUGGAGGGGAACCAUGCUGAUCUUGGGUGCGCUAUGCGCUCACCUGGUAGUGUGCGGCGCUUUGAUCGUCUCCUCAGAAACCGGGGGUGCAGGAACAAAUCUUAAAAGUGGCUACCAGUCACUGUCAAAUGGCGACACAUGCCCUGACACAGAAAGAAUACAGCAAGAACCGAAUCCAAAACGCCUCCUGCUGCCACUGAAGUCCUUCUAUCAACGCGUGAAGGCUGCUUUUGGUCUGUCCAUGAUAUAUGACUUCAACUUUUGGAAUGUGACACAAAUAAGUAUCAUAAGUAAGAUUGCGUUGAUGGCCUGGGUAAUUUAUUUUGUACCACACGCAGAAAACAGGGGAUUUUCGGGGGAAACUGCUGCACUGAUGGUUACAGUAGCAGGAGUUGGUCAUCUUGCUGGUAUCCUUGUCAGUAGCUUGCUUGUUUUUAAAGGAAUCCUGUCCAGUAUGGGCUGCCUUAUGUUAGCGAUUCCUUUCACUGCAGUGCCACUAUGCAUCGAUACCUGGAUGACCAGUAGGUGGUUAAUGGCGGCCAAUGCCACGGUUCUCAUGCUCGCCCUUGGCUGCUCGUUUACGAUGUCCACGGUCGUGCUAAAGGAAGUACUGGGGGACGAGAUAUUCCCUGCCGCUCUUGGUUGGACGACUUUCUUUGCUGGCCUCUUCAAAUUGCUCGGGGGCUUCCUUCCAGGUUGGGUGUUUGAUCACAGCGGUAGCUUCGAGGUUGGAUUCGCCAUCAUAGGCGCUCUGCAGUUCACACCGUUUAUACCAAUUAUCGCACAGAGACUGCUGUGCUCUAAAACAAAUUAAAUGAUCCUGUCUGGCACUACUACAGCAAUGAGCAUUACAACAAUCAGCUCAUUUCACAAGUGGGCAGAGACCAAGGUGGAAGGUCUUAUUAAUCAGGAAAAGAUCAGAGAGACGUGAUCGGAAAUACAGUGAGGGAAGUGCCGGGCGUAUUAAUUAAGCACCCAUUAGCUUAUCUGACGUAUUAUCGACUUAAUAGGGUGCCUUUGUUUUGUUUGUUUGAAUGUAAUCUGUGUGUUAAGUGUAAUUUUACCCUUUUAAAAUUGAGCCCUCCUGUCCGACAUGUUACGAAAAGGCAAAUAAACCUAAUAAACCAAUGUUCCAUAAACAACUUAUCGCGAUAUAGAUACAGAUACCAGUUUCAUAUUGCCGGUUAACGCUGUUCCUUCUCUAUUUUGUGUCAUCGCAGAAGUAAGCAAUGACGUAUAUAAACAUGUAGCCGGUUUGAAACUUGCCCAGGAUCGAAAAUAUUGAAACUUUGUUUUCCCACUGAAUUUUGCUAUUUGUCACCACUUUUAUAAAUGUUAUUUAAUUAAUGUGCAUUUCGUUUUCAUAUGGAAAUUUCAUCAGAUAAUCAGCAACAGAUGGAGAACAAUGGUGAUCUAAUACUGUCUGACAGCGAAAUGUCGAAGUUGGGCAACUAUCGUUGCAUUUUUACGUAUCAUUUAAGGAGGAUUAAGGUUACGAUAAGCUCUCUGAUUUUGUUUUUUAAAUACAGGUAGAGGGUUAUAACUGGCAAUAGGUAUUCCAGUAGUAGUCAAAUAACUUAAUAUUUUCUGCGAUUUGGAAUAUGUCACACCUUGUUAGUCUUGGGUAUAUAAUUUAAAGUUUAACGACGGCUUUGCACUAAGAUUUAAUAGUUACAACAUUAAUUUAUGGUUAUGUUAUCCUUUUCUUGAGGAAUAACUAUCUGGCUUACCGACGUCAAUAACGGCCAUUUUAAUGAUGUAGAUUGUCGGAUAUAGAAUGAGAGAAGCAGAAACAGUGGCCCGAGAACACCGGAAAUACUAAAAAAAAAUUUGAGGAUUUUUGCUGAAUUGAAGAACAAAAUAGUGGAUAUGAAUAAGUAAUUACAUGUUAAGGUACUUUUUAAAAUCGAAGCAUGAUAAACCUGUGUUACAUAAGUGUGCUCUACAACUUCUUACUUUAUCGUACAUAGAAAGAAUGACUCAAAACACUUCAACCAACAUGACCGACGAGAAGAUUCUGGAGUGACUGAAUGAGUCAUUUACAUUUUCAGUGUUGACCUAAACAAGCUUCUGCCGCAGACGGAUGUUUUCUGUGCCCGAACUCACUAAAUCAUACAGUAGCAUUUCCAGCAAAUUCUACAUUUCGCUGAUGUCGAUGCCAAUGCGAAUGAUGUACGAAUGUAUCUUUACCAGAAAAAAAAAUCUUUUUCAGGUUGGAGUUAAAAAUCAUGUAGCUCACGUAACUUUGAAUUUAGUAGGCACAACUAAAUAAUCUUUUAAAACCAAAUCAGUUCUUCAUGUGCUGUUUAAAGUGUCGAAAAAUUUGAAUAAUUAGAAUCGUUGAUAGAAUGAAUUACUGACUUCAAAUGACAAAAAUUCGGAUUCUAAGCAUUUUGAUUGAGAAGGAGACUCUGGAGUGAAUGAC